UCAUGGCUUCUGCAAUGGUGGGUGGGGCUUUUCUAUCUGCUUACUCUUCAGGUUCUGUUUGGUAGGCUGGCUUCUUGUGAGGUCUUGGUCUACCUGAGGACAAAGAAAUUCAAUCAUAGACUUCUUAAGAUGCUGAAGAUAAUGCUGUUGUGUGUUAAUUCAGUCCUAAAUGAUGCUGGGGAGAAGCAAAUCAGAAACCCAGCUGUGAAAGAAUGGGUGGAUGAUCUUGAAGAAGCUGCCCUUGAUGCUGAUGAUCGUUUGGAUGGGAUUGCAACUGAUGCUUCGCAGUUCAAGUUGGAAACUGAGCAAUCAAGAACUGGUACUGGUAAGGUAAGCAAGAUUGUUCCCAAUUGUCUGAUCAAUUUUUUUGAUCCAGAUAUGGAGAUCAAGAUGGAGGAGAUCUUUGAGAGGUUAGAAAUUAUUGCAAAACAAAAAGAUGUUGUUGGUCUUAAAGAGGGUUUUGGUGAAAAAACAGCACCAAGAAUUGCAACCACAUCUUUGGUUGAAGAAACUGAGGUUUUUGGUGGAGAUGGUGAUAAGAAGUCCAUGAUCAAAUGGUUGAGAGAUGAUGAUGAGGGUAGCAAAAAGUUUGUCAUUCCAAUACUAGGCAUGGGUGGAGUUGGCAAAACUACUCUUGCUCAAUGAAGCUUACAAUGAUGAGAAAGUUAAGGAGCAUUUUGAGCUCAAAUCAUGGGUUCGUGUUUCUGAAGAAUUUGAUAUUUGUAGGGUAAUGAAAACAAUCCUCCAAGCAUUUACUUCAAGUUCUUACGAAAACACAGACUUGGAUUUGCUUCAAAUCAGGUUGAAAGAGGGGCUAAUGGGCAAAAAGUUCUUGACUGUUUUGGAUGAUGUGUGGAAUGAGAAUUAUGUUCACCGGGUGGAUAUGAUUAAACCUUUUAAACAUGGGGCAGGGGGAAGCAAGAUUAUUUUAACAACGUGCAGUGGAAGUGUUGCAGGGGUUGUAUGCACUGUUCAAACUCAUUAUCUUGAGCACUUGAGUGUUGGCCGCUGUUUGCAAAACAUGCAUUUAAAAUGGAGAUUCCAGUGCACAUCCAACUUUGGAAAAACUUGGUAGAAAAGUUGCCAAGAAGUGCCAUGGUUUGUUCGUAGCUGUGAAGACACUUGUAGGCCUGUUACGCUCUGAACCAGGUUCGGGAAUGAGAAAGAAUAUCAAAGAGUGAGUUUUGGGAUUUUCAGACAAUGAGAGCAAUAUUCUUCCAGCUGUGAGGUUAAGUUACCCCUAUCUAUAAGAGAUGUUUCGCUUUUUGUUUGAUAUUCCCCAGGGACUAUGAAUUUGAAAAGAUGGAAUUGAUCUUGUUGUGGAUGGCAGGAAAUCUUCUGCGACAAUCAAAAAGAAAUAACGGAUUGAUAGAAGAAGUUGGUAGUGGGCACUUUGAUCAAUUAGUAUCGAGGUCAUUUUUCCAACCAUCAAGUACAAACAAAUUUUGUUUUACUAUGCAUGAUCUUAUGAAUGAUUUAGCAAAAUCUUUAUCUGGAGAAUAUUGUUUUACAUUAGAAGAUGACAACUCAGAUGAAAUUCUGCAGAAGAAAAUUUGUUAUCCAGCUGUUGCAUCAUUUGAUUCUUUAAAGAGAUCAUAUUCUACUUCUAAAACUACUAGUUUGCAUAUCUUUUUAUCAAUAAGGAGAUUUUCAUUCAGUGAUUGCUACUAAUCUAAUGAAUUAGUGAAUGAUGUAAUCUUGAAGUUGAGCUGUUUGAGAGUAUUAUGGUCAUAUGGCAGCCAUUUGAAGUUCUUACCUGAAUCAAUUGGCGAGCUAAAACAUCUUCCUUACCUUUAUCUCUCCACUUUGAUUCACAGAUUGCCUGAAUCUGUUUCUAUAUUAUACAAUUUAACAACAGUUGAGUUAUUUUGUUGUUGAGAUCUCACCAAGUUGCCUUACAAUAUGCAUCAUCUUACUAAUAUGAGACACCUUGAUAUCUGUUCUUGCAACAACUUGACAGAGAUGCCAAGAAAAUUAAGAAAAUUAAGUCUCCAAACAUUGAGUACCUUCAUUGUGGGAAAAGAUAACGAAUCCAAGAUAAUCGAGAUAGGGGAGAUUUCAAAUCUUCAAGGAAAGCUUUCUCUUUGAAAGUUGCAAAAUAUUGCAAGUGUUGAAGACGUAUUGGAAACCAAGUUGAUGGACAAAAAGUAUCUUGAACCGUUGAAGUUGACCUGGGAUGCAGAUACUGACGGUUCAAGAAUGAGAGAGAUGUACUUGAUAAGCAGCUGCGUCAUACAAACUUGAAAAAGCUUAAGAUCGUUGGAUAUGGAGGAACAUCAUUUCCAAAUUGGUUAGGAGAUAGUUCAUUCUGCAAUAUGGUGUCAAUACGACUUUCUGAAUGUAAAUACUGCAACUCUUUGCCACCACUUAGACAAAUUCCAUCCCUCAAAUCUCUUGCUAUUGAAGGACUUGUUGGAGUAGUCAUUGUGGGUGCUGAAUUUUUCAUGAACAAUUCUUAUGUGAGAAAGCAAUUUGCAUCAUUGGAAUUCUUAAGCUUCCGUAGGAUGUUAAAAGAAUGGAUUUCAAUCCAAGUUGAACAUUAUGGAGCUUUCCCUAAGCUCCAAGAACUCUGUGUAUAUGAUUGUGACAGGCUAUAAUCACUAUUGAUAUGCCUUACAACCUUCCGUCUUUAACAAAGAUCAGAAUCAGUGGAUGUCAGAAACUAGUUUCUUCACUCCCAAAGGCUGCAGCUCUUCAUGAGCUAGAGCUAAGAAAGUGUUAUAAACUACAGCUGCAAGAACUACCACAGACACUGGAAUCAAUUAGAAUUGAAGGAUGUCAAGUUGUAGCAUCAAUGAUCAAGGCAAUGACGAAGAACCAAGAUUCUUGCCUUCGACAUCUUAAUAUUCGUGAUGGUUUUUCCUCACUAAAAUUUCCUGCAGAAUGUCUUCCUUCUACGCUGACAACACUAGAAGUAGAAAGUUGUGAAGGGUUAGAAUUUCCAGUGCACCAUUCACUCUAGAAAUCCCUUGAAAAGAUUGACAUAUCAAAUAUUUGUGGUUCGCAUGAAUUCUUUCCCAAGCUAAUGCAUCUCCAGAUUUUCGGGUGUAAAAUUCUAGAAUCUCUCAUUCAUAGCAUCAGAUGGAUUACCUGCAUGCAAUCUGACUUAUCUCUCAAUACUCAGUUGCUCAAAACUGUAUAUGUUGCCUAAGGAAAUGCCUAGUGUUCUCUCUUUGAAAUACUCAAGAAUUGAAGGUGGUUUCCAGAUAGGGUCAUUUCUUGAAUGUGGUACAGUUCAUGUUGAAUUUGCUCAAAAAGUAGGAUAAAAAAUAGGGGCUAUGUUCAUAGCAAAAAGAAGAGAAAAGGCAGCCAAUUUGCUCAAGAGUAGGAGCUUCUUGCAUUUAAUACGAUGGGUUAGGAGGAGGCCUUCAAAAGUCAUAGCCGAUUUGCUCAAGAAAUGUCAAAAGCUAGCUAGCUCCUGUUGGAGGGAACAGGUGUGUAUCUUCGUUUUGAUUAAACAUAUGAUUGCAGGGAACAUCAAAUACCAUACAAGAUUAUCGGCAUUGGCAGCAGGACCUUCUAGUUCUCCUACUUUAUAUGAUUGCAGGGAACAUCAAAUACCAUACAGGAUUAUCGGCAUUGGCAGCAGGACCUUCUAGUUCUCCUACUUCCAUUUUCUCCCCCCUUUGGUGAUUGGUUUACCGUUCCAAGUAACUAUUUAUGUUGAAUUUGCUUAUUUGUUUAGGGAUGGUUGAUAUUUUGAUGGGUUACCCUGUAUCAAGAUCUUGUUGAAUGAUUAAGAGAAUUAGAGGAUCCUCUUAAUUGUAAUGCAUGCUGAACAAUUAUGGAACACAUGAGUUUUAUGUCCUUAUCAAAUCCAAUUCUAAGAAGCAUAUAAAUUUUGUUAGACAUUACUGUAGUCCGACUUGUGGAAAUCUUCUAAACAAUGUUAUUUACUUUGUUGGUAUACAAUUAAACAUUCUACAGUUGAAUUCUUUUUGGGUUUAUCCACGACCAAGCAAGCUUGACGCCACCAGUUAGGUACUACUGUAUGAAUCAGAACAUGUCAACCAUCCAAACGGAAAACAUAUAUCUCCUCACGAACAACCAAUUUCCAAUUUAUUUUUAAAUUUCCAACAAUCUAGUAACUGGUGAAUUGACUGACAACUCAUAAAUUUGAGAAAAAAUUUAAUCAUGAUCCGAAAAUCAUUCCACCCAAAUCUGGUAUACACAUAAUCAACCAUUCUUAAUCUAAUAGUAAUAUAUUUAUCAAAUCUAAAAGGGGACCACCCCAUACAUUUAGCAUUAACUAUCACAUAUUUUUGUAGAUGUGAAUAAAUAAGAAAAGAUAAUAUUGCUAUUGUAAGAGAAGAGUAUGGACCAUGGAAUAAUAAACAAAGCCUUUUCUUUCUAGCUGCCAAAUUACUCGUAAGGCUUUGCAUCAACAAGGAUUUGACAUUACAAGUCCUAGUAAUUAUUAAAAGACACUGAAGCUUGUUGAGGAGAUAAAAGACUUAUCUUCAGGAUGAUUUGGAUUUUGCUGGUGCUGGAAGUAACUG